AUGUUUUGUUUGUGGUUCCUUGUGCUUGGCAUCACAGCCGUGCAUGCCAGCCUUCGUGGCAAGCUGCAAGUAGCUGCUGGUUCUAUGAGUGCAGAGCAGUUGCGUGAGACUGUCUUGCACGAAGUCAUGGAAGCCCUUGGAAAUGGGAAUCGUGUGACCAAUGAGCGGCUGAAAUCCAUCGAAGAUGCAGCUCGUUCUAGCUUUCAGGCUAUGCCCAAGAAUGAGUACGGCAACUUGGAAGAUGCGGCUGCCCGGUACAUGCUUCAUCGUCUCUUUGUGCAGCGUCAUGGCAUGUACAUCAAGGGCUUGGAAGCCAGUGGAAUGGACUGGCAGAACACUUCCACUGCAGAGAUUCUUCAAGACCAUGUUCCAUCCUUUGUCCUGUCACUGUUCGAGGACCGGUUGAAAGGUCAAGGGCUGGGGUUGCAUGAGCUUACCGUUCUUGCAGCUACCCUCGAGCACUUGAUCCAUGAUGAGGCAGUUUCCAGAUUGUCCGUGGUGUACCAAGCCCACAGUCUAUCUGAAGAUGCUCGUGUGGAUGAAACCAGACUUCAGGAGCUCAUUGACACCUACAUGACUAUCUUCUUGGUGGGCAGGCAGGAAGUGACUGCUUUGACUGUGGCUGAGGAGCGUGCUGCAGUCGUCGCGGCAUACCCUGGAUGGUACGAGACACAGAAAUUCACCAUGCAGGUUCGCUCCAAUUUGCUUGCUUCAAAGGCAGCUGACCCCAACUUCGCACCAGGCAACCUGAGUUUCCAUGCAGCCACAUCUGUGGUUGAGGAGAUAGGUGAAAGGUAUGGCCGCUGGCAGGAUGCUGAGUGCAGGGAUUUGAAAAGGUCCCUGACCAACAUUGAGCACGCUAGCACUGGCAGGGUGCUCUUGAAAGACUUCUAUGGGUCUGCUUCGAAAGGCAACUGGCAAUUCUCAGAGAGCAUUGCCUACUUGAGAGAACUUGGAGCUUUGGAUGAGUCCGACCCUUCCAACCUUGCUGUGCUGAUUCCCAACUAUGUGAACUCGCACUCAAAUUGUGUUGCAUCAAGCAGUGUAUACUCUGUUUGCUGCAUCAAUGAGUGUGAGGGGCUUUUGAGUCAUCUUGAACGUGAAGUGGCAGCUCCUCAAGUUGAGCCAGACCGGCUCUUGGCCAUUGUGUCGGACUUGCCUUCUGCUUCUGUGAAGGCUCCUCGCACCCUUUCUCCAGAGUUGAAGGACAGACUUCAUGAAGUUGCGAAGAAGCACAACGGCAAGGUGCCGUUGCAUGGCCGCUUGUUUGCACAGUGGCUGCAUCAUGCUUACCCACGAGAGUGCCCAUUCCCACACAUUGCUGGGAAGACCAAUCCUAUGACAGCGGAUGAAUGGAUGCAAAACCGUCACGAGAGCGUGUCAGCAUCAAAGCAAGAUAUGCUGAAGGCCAGCAAGUGCCCAAGAACCGUGGUGGUCGAUGGUGAAGUGGUUCAAAGCACGACAUCCACUCCUGCUCAGCAAGAGCUGCCGUGGAACAACCAUGAAGAACUCGUGUCUCCCGAGAAGUCAGGUGACGACUCAUGGAGCCUUCGGCGCCUCUUCUUCGUGAUUUUCGCCCUGUGCGGCCUUGUGGCCUUCGCUCGCGAGUCUCAUCGAAAGGCUCUCACCGCGGCCAUGUCCACGCCGAAGUUGGAUGGAGAUGACGGAGAGGCCAGAGAUGAGGCCGAGGAAAGCAUCAAGAGUGAUAGUGAGCUACCCCACGUGCGGGAGGAUGUCGCAACAGUGGAGCAUCCAUCUUUGCUACAGGCAGAGGAUUUGGAAGCGCCCGGCGAUAUGAGUCAAGGAGAAGCGUCCCUUCUGAAACAAGAAGUUGAUGAAAUCUUCAACGAGUAA